GCGAUCCACUGAGAACCCUGCAGUUCUGGGGCCAGUCUAGGGAGGGUCUUGAGUACAAACCCAGGGCAGACAGUGUUAAAACUUGCAGCUCUGGGUUGCUAAGAAGUUGGGCCUUCUGCAGUGAGCGGCGGGCAGGAAGGGGAGGGCCUAACUGGGCGAGGGGGAGCUGGGCGCGGGCUCAGGGCUGGGUCAGAAAAGCUGCCUCACUGCACUGUCCGGCUCCUCCCGUCCGAGCUCUGGCUGGGACCUCCUAGACAAUUUCGCGGCGCUUUCCCGGAGGCUGCGCCCUCAGCGGCUUCACCAAAAAUGUCCCAGCCCGGCCCGAAGCCUGCCGCCUCUCCCAGGCCCCGUCGCGGCGCGGCAGCUCGCCACACCCAGGAGCAUGUUAAUGAAAAGAAUAUUGGAUCAUCAUCUAAACCAGGAGAAAAGAAAGGAUCUGAUGAGAAAAAAGCAGCAAGUUUGGGGAGCAUGCAGACUUCCAGACCACAUGUUGGUGGAGCAGCCACAGCCACCCAGGUAACAGCUUCCUCUGCUGCCACCAGCAAGUCUCCCAGAAUGAGUACCACAGAAACUAAGGCUGUGAAAACAGAGUCUGAGAAGUCACAAUCAAGUGAGAAAGGAACAAAAGAGGAAAGGUCAAGCAGAGGAGAUUGCCUGCCACCUGUGGUUCAUGAGAAAAAGUCAAAAGGAAGGCCAAAGGAAGGGUCAGAGCCCAAAAAUCUUCCCAAGCAUGCAUCAGAUACAGGAAAUAAGCAUGCUCAUAAAGAAAAAGCACUUUCCAGAUCAAAUGAACAGAUGGUGUCAGAGAAAUCAUCGGACUCAAAGACAAAAUUUCAAGAUGCUCCUUCUGCUGGUGGAGAGAGUGUGACUGGAGGUGUGACUGUGGCCACUGCCUUGGACAAGGCAGCUGAUAAGAAAAAAGACAAGAAAUCAUUAACACCAGCUUUACCUAUGGACUCCACACAGAACAAGCCAUCUGACAAGGCAGGCCUGGAUGCUGUCUUGGAUGACCUGAUAGACACCUUGGGCGGCCAUGAAGAUACUAACAAAGAUGAUCCACCAUAUACUGGACCAGUAGUUUCGGACCCAAUGGAUUCUACCUACCUUGAGGCAUUGGGUAUAAAAGAAGGGACUAUCCCUCCAGAGUAUAGGAAACUUCUGGAUAAAAAUGAAGGGAUCACAGGACCUCAUCCAGACCCUCCCACACCUAUGGGGACUGACCAUGCUAUUGAUGCCUUGUCAUCUGAUUUCACCUGUAGUUCUCCAACUGGAAAGCCAACUGAGAAAGAGAAGUCUGCAGGGGAAACGUUGAAAGCUCAGUCUGCAGGAGUGAGCAGAAGUGCUGUUCCCCCCCAGGAGAAGAAAAGGAAGGUGGAAGAGGGAGUCAUGAAUGAUCAAGCCCUUCAGGCUCUGUCAGAUUCACUGGGCACCCGGCAGCCAGAUCCUCCAAGCCACCUUAGUGAGGCUGAACAAGUCAAAGAGGCAAAAGCAAAAGAAGAAAGGCAGGAAAAGUGUGGGGAAGAUGAGGACACAGUCCCAGCUGAGUACAGGUUAAAACCAGCCAAGGAUAAAGAUGGAAAACCACUAUUGCCAGAGCCUGAAGAAACAUCUAAGUGCCUGAGCGAGUCAGAGCUGAUUGGGGAGCUUUCAGCAGAUUUUGACCGAUCUACAUAUCAAGACAAACCAUCUAUGCCAGCUGAAAAGAUAGAAAAAUCUAAGGACACAUCCCAGACGCCUACAGGAGAGACUGUGUCCCGGGCCUCCAUGUGCAGUAUACAGUCGGCACCACCCAAACUUGCAUCCAUGAAGGGCUUGUUGCCAGAAGAUGCUGUAGAAGCCUUGGCUGGAAGCCUGGGGACAAGGGAAGCAGAUCCAGAACAUGAAAAACCUGUGGUGGAUAAAGUCAAGGAGAAAGCUAAAGAAGAAGACCGUGAAAAACUUGGUGAAAAAGAAGAAACAAUUCCUCCUGAUUAUCGACUUGAAGAAGUCAAGGAUAAAGAUGGAAAACCACUCCUGCCAAAAGAACCCCAGGAACAACUUGCAGCCUUAAGUGAUGACUUCCUUCUUGAUGCAUUGUCUCAAGACUUCUCCAGUCCUACAAACAUAUCGCCUCUUGAAUUUGAAGAUGCCAAAGUUUCUGCUGCCAUUUCUGAAAUAGUUUCCCAGACCCCUGCUCCGAGCACCCACGCAGCAGCCCCACCACCCAGCACUGAGCAGAGAGACAAAGAACUUGAUGAUGCCCUGGAUGAACUUUCUGACAGUCUUGGGCAAAGACAGCCUGAUCCAAAUGAGAACAAACCACUAGAUGAUAAAGUGAAGGAAAAAAUCAAACCAGAGCAUAGCGAGAAACUGGGAGAAAGAGACGACACCAUCCCCCCUGAAUAUAGGCAUCUCCUGGAUAAUGAUGGGAAGGACAAACCAGAGAAGCCACCGACUAAGAAAACAGAGAAGCCUGAUCAGGACAAGGACCCCAUUGAUGCCCUCUCAGAAGAUUUGGACAGCUGCCCCUCAACUACAGAGACCUCACAGAAUACAGCAAAGGAGAAGAGCAAGAAGACUUCAAGUUCCAAAGCAUCCAAGAAUGGAGAGAAAAAAAAGGACUCCUCCAAGAAGACAGAGGAAGUGUCCAAGCCAAAGGCUGAUGAAGAUGCAAGAUAGAGUUGACGAAUUCGGGUAUCUGAAUAGAAAUUCUUCAGCUGGUGGAUAGUGACUUUUGAACAUCAAAGGCUUUGAUGACAAUUUUUUCUGGGUGGCUUCUAGACAGUGCUAUGUGUUAUGUCUUUUGACAUCUUAAACAUUGAGUUGUUAUUCUUUUCCAGAACGAAAAUGAAUUUGUCUGCUUCAAUUGUGUUCUGUAUUGCGUAUUGAUAAACUUCAAAGAUUUUUCAUUGCCUUUAGGUGGGAGAAGCAAGCUUUAUAUUUGUAAGAAAUAGAUUUGAUAGUUUCUUAAAACACCAAAAAUCCCAGAAAACCUUUGCAAACAUUUGCACAUUAUAUAUACAGUGCCUGUAAAUCUCAUUAGUAUUUUUGGUUUGCACUUAUUUUUUUAGCAUUUGAAAAAUAAUGCUCUCAUCUUUUGUCAGUAUUCUGAUUUCUUAUGUCUUUUUCUUGGGCUUUGAUAUAUCUUUGGGCUAAUGUUGUUAAGUCAAAUAUGAAAUAUUGUAUAUUCAGUGUAUAACUCUUUUGGGGAUGCUAAAAAUAAAAUCAUGAUAGAUAACCAAAGGUAAA